GUGGUAACUGCUUUCCUCCUUCCCUGUGGUUUGGAAGUUAAAACGCAAGUACGACAGAGUUGUCGAGCUCCUUUCUGUGGGUCUAAUUCCCCAGAGUUCGAAAGAGUCUGUGGGAAAACUCCAUGUCCAACCUAGGUCUUGUGGCUCUCUAGGUUUUCUCGACUCUAUGAUCACCUGGGCGCAAACCCUCCUGGUGAUAAGUCUCUGGGCUCUAGGGUAUACUUUCCCGCGUUGCGCAUGCGCCACACCGCGCCUUUCCCUGAUUCGAACAUGGUGGCCACCCGAAAGCUUGAGCAUGCGUACUUAAUCCCUGGCAGCUUCGCCAGUUCUUCUCUAGGCCGGGGUUGUUUGCGCAUGCGCUCUUGGGCCACCCUUCAUGGCAACAGAAUGGCCAGCUCUCUUCAGGAGAGUUGUUGGCUCUUUUGUUUCCGUUUCGUAGCUCAGGCUGCUAAACAAACAGCAAGAAAAUAAUUUCCCUAGAAAAUAAAUGCAGAAUUUUCCCCUUUCCAACUGGAGAGACGACGGCCCCUGUGGCGCCAAUCAAAACCAGGCACUUUUCCUUUAAGAGCCAGGAGGGGUGGGCGGGGCUACCUCUGGAUGGACCGUCCUGUCGGCGAAUGAGAAGCUGCCCUUCGGACUGAGGAUCCCAGGACGGGCUCGGGACUCGGGGGUCCGCCGGUUCGAGUCCCCCCGCCGCCGCCGCCGCCGCCACGGCCAUGCCGGGGAACCCCAAAAGCUUCAAAGUCCGCGGCCUGAGCCAAGACCGGAAAUUCGGAGUGGCGGGGAGAAGCCUGAAGGAAGUGCUCUCCAAAUGCUGCGGCCUCCUGCAGGUGCGGGGGAGGAGCUGGCUGCGGCGGGCGGAGUGAGGCCCCUGCAGAAACCGCGGGCGGCGGCCGCCUCCUGCUGGUGGCGCUGGGGAAGGCAGUUGCAUGUCCCCUUCAGCCGGCUGUGUUUAUAUGAAGACGGCACAGAGGUGAUGGAAGAUGAUUUCCAAAACAUUCCGGAUAACACCGAGCUUAUCCUGUUAGCCCCCGGAGAGAGCUGGCAGGGUUAUGUGAGUGAGAUCCAGCGCUUCCUCAAUGCAUUUUCCAGUCAAACGGAUCGUAUCAUCGAUGUGGCUCAGGGACUGCUGUCCGCAGAGGAAGCCCCAAAGAGACGGAAAUUGCUUGCUGACCUUAUUCAGAAUCUCAGCGAGAAUAUUUCUGCAGAAACCAGAGAUGAAGAUGAGAAGUGGUUUGAAGGGAUUAACUCACGGUUUAAGACCAAAUCUAGCUACAUGCGCUACGGCUGCGAGAGCAGAAUCCGAGGUUACAUGAAAGAGGUUGGAAAUUACACGUCAGCCAUCCACCCAUCCGUCCAUGCUAAAUACAAACAGGUCGCGGAAGCAAUGUUGGAGAAGUUGAAGUUGGAGAGGUACCAUGGCCGUUAUUUUGACAGAACAGAAGACAGGAAGGUCUGCCUUUGCACAGCAGAAGGAUGGUUCUCCUGUCAAGGUCCUUUUGACGCAGAGGUCUGUGCAGGCAGACACUCCAUCAACCCCUAUGGGAACAAAGAGAGCAGAAUCCUCUUCAGCACUUGGAACCUGGAUCACGUAAUAGAGAAGAAACGGACCAUCCUCCCCACGUUAGCGGAAGCUCUCAAGGACGGAAAAGGACGGGAAGUGAACUGGGAAUACUUCUACCGGCUGCUGUUCACUAUCGAUAAUCUGAAACUCGUGCACAUUGCCUGCCAUAAGAAGGCCAGCCACAACUUCAGCUGUGACAAAGCGAAAAUCUACCGGAAACGGCAGCGUACCCGCAAGAUCCUAAAGUAAUGCCUCCUGAAAGCUGUUUGCCCGGAGACUAUUUUCUAAGGUCACGGACGGACAUAUUUUGAACCAUUAUGGGGCAGGGGCCCCAUUACCCUCCUGCUAUGCAUAGUUGCUUGCCUUUUCAAAUUUUCUUCUCCCAAUGCAUUUGGCUUCCUGUUUCACCAGCCUCUUCCACAUAGGAAUUCCAAGAUCCAAAAUUAGCAACCUAUUGCAGACACCUAUUGGUUAGUACCUGUGACGUCACUCGAGCCAAAGAACAUAUUCACCUCCACUGCCCCGGGUGCCUUUGUAGUUUUAAAAACUUUGUAGUCUUUGUCUUUUAAAAAGAGAGCUUUAAAAAAAACCAAAAACACACACAAUGUGAAGCUUAAUUGCUUAGCUAAAUUAAUAACGUGGCCCACGCUUCAUGCCACUUGUAGAGGAAGGCCAAAAGCAGCUGGAAGGGCUCACGCUCCUUUUUACCUCUCCCAAGUCUGGUGUGAAGGGGAAAAGGGAUCCUGCCCCUCUUUUGAGCCUGAUUGGAAGGGCAGGGUUAGUCUCUUGCACUUGGCAGGGUGAAAGACCUCUCCCUCUCCAAGCUGUCUUCACUGUGCAGGGACUUGGGAGAUCUGUACGCUGGCUACCCGGAGGAGGGUUGUUGCCAGAAAGAGGACGGUUCAUUGCCGCUGUGUUUCUAGACCUGGGUUAGGAGGUUCCCUAGCUCGGUGUGUCCUUAGUAGAGGGGUUCCCUGUUGACAUUGGACUACAACUCCCAUAAUCCCCAGCCACAAUGGCCUUCAGGGUUUUGGCUGGGGAUGAUGCGAAGUGUAGACCAGUGACAUCUGGGGUCCCAAGUUUGAAACCUCUGCCUUAGCAUAUAUGUUGCACAUCCCCAGCCCAGUGAAGGACCUCAGUGGUGCGGGACCGGAAGGACCUCUCUGCCUUGGAGAGCAGCUGCCAAUCAAAGCAGACAGUACUGGGCUGAGCAGACCAGUAAUCUGACUCGGUAUAAGUCAGUUGCAUAUGUUUAUACCCCUGUAUACUAACCAAAUUCUCCGAGAGAGACAGAUGGGUUCAGAAGCACAUUUAUGUUACAGGAUCGGCCAUAGCUUCCAAUGCAGCUUACACUUGGUCACCAACCUGAAUUUUCUGCCAUGUAACGGGCAGCUUCAAGUCAAGUUGAUUAUCCUGAUGAAUUUAAGACAACCCCUUUUAAAAAACAGAGGUGAAAUACAGGUUAUAUCUGAACUGAAGACAACGCCCCUCCGCCCUCCCCAAUUUCUAACAUUAAAGAACUUGGGGGGAAACCUAGUCCCGGAUUCAGGUAACGGAGAGCAGAACUUUAAAGACCACGAGACAAAUAGCUUUGGGGGUGUACAGUUUUAAUUCAUAAAAUGGUGCAAGGGGGGAGUGGAAGUCUCUCCUUCCAUCAGCGCUAUGGCUGGGGAUGAUGGGAGUUGUAGUCCAAUAACAUCCAGGAGACCCAAGUCUGAGACCCCCUGUUACAAUUCAACAUCUCUCUGAUUACUGAAAUAAUUUUGUUUAACUGAAAAAAAAACCGGGUGCUUUGAUUUUCCAUACCAGGGACAACAAGUGCUAUAAACUCAAAAACACAAAUGCUAUUGGACUCUGUGUGCAACAGAAAGCGAAAGGAGUCCCAAUGAUUUCAAGGGGACCUACUCCUGUGUAAGUCUGUGUCUUUUUUUUUUUUUUUUUUUUUUGGCCUUUUCUCUUGGCUCAACUCGUCUGCUGCACCCAACGCAGAACAAUUUAGAUUUUUUUUUAAACUUACUGAACUAGCUACAUAAGUAUGUAGCAAUGUGAAGAACUUAAAAGAAAUGGCUUGUUCUGGCAGUAGUGUCAUUCUCGGGGAUUAAAGCAGUUUUGUAUGACUGUCUUGAAAAUAAAAACCUUCCUGCAA